AAGAAGGGUCUCGACCCGAAACGUCACCUAUUCCUUCGCUCCAUAGAUGCCGCCUCACCCGCUGAGUUUCUCCAGCAUUUGUUUUGCCUGCUCUUCAAUUAUGGUUGUGAUUAGCUGUUGGUAUUGCCCUCUGUGCCGUCUCGAGAUGUACUUACGUUUGUUUGUCCUUUCUUUAUCUUUGCCACCCUGGAGCAUGCCCGACUUGCAGUGACUUCCUCAACCUGGUCCAAGGCAUCAUGGAUCUGCAGGACCUGCUGGCAAAAAUGACGUCUAAAUUAAACUAUGCGGAGUCUCGGCUGACGGAGCUCGAACGCUGUUACUGUGAGAGAACCUGCCGGGUGAACAGAGAAGUGUAUCGCAGCAUGGAAUCCUGGGUUGAAAAGUGCAAAAACUGUACCUGCAAGAACGGAGCCGUUGAGUGCAGACGGGUUUCAUGCCCUUCGCUAAACUGUCCCUCGGACUUUCGGCCAGUGUAUCGACCGGGCAAGUGCUGCAAAGAGUGUCGACCGAUCUGUCUCUACGGGGGUCGGCAGCUUGCCGAAGGUCAACGAGUUUUGAAAUCCAAGUGCCGCGAAUGCAGAAAUCGAACAAUGGCCAUUGUCCACGAGACCUGCCCUCCGCUAGACUGUCCAACGCAUGAACGCAUUCAGCCGGAGAACAGAUGUUGUAACGUAUGUCGUGGCCACGAUUUCUGUGCAGAAGGACAUCAGUGUGGUGAGAACUCUGAGUGCUGGAACGUGAACAGCAGAGCCGUGUGCAUGUGCAAGAAAGGCUACGUCGCCACACAGGGCGACUCGGCCAACUGCGAAGCAUUCUGCGAGGGAGGCUGCAGGAAUGGGGGAACAUGCGUCGCUCCCGAGGUGUGUGUGUGUCCUCCUGGAUUCACAGGGAGCACCUGCCAGACAGAUAUCGACGAGUGCGCCACGGGUUUGCACAGUUGCUGGAAUGACUCGGUGUGCAUUAACCUGGAGGGUGGAUUUGACUGCCGGUGUCCCCUUGGGGAGCGCUGCCCGGGGGACUGUCCACAGGAGGAGGAGGAAUCCAAGCGCAACGGUCAGGUGUGGACCUUGGCCGGCGAUCGAUGUUCAGUCUGCUCCUGUCAGGACGGGAAGAUCUUCUGCAGGAGGGCGGUGUGCGACUGUCAGGACCCCGACGUUGACCUGUUCUGCUGCUCGGAAUGUGACAGCAGGGUGACCAGCCAGUGCCUGCAUCAGAACGGACACCUUGUUUAUCGCAACGGCGACAUCUGGACCUUCAGCUGCCAGCAAUGCCGAUGCCUGCAGGGGGAGGUAGACUGCUGGCCUGUAAGCUGCCCGGCCCUGCACUGCGAGUACACCACCAUGGCGGACGGGGAGUGCUGCCCGCACUGCGUGAGCGACCCGUGCCUGGCUGACAGCGCGGUCUACGACAUCCGGCAGACGUGUACGGACAACCACGGCAUAGCGCGGCUAGGCGGCUCGAUCUGGACCUCGGCCGGCUCCCCCUGCACAACCUGCACGUGCAAGAAUGGAAACAUCUGCUGCUCCGUUGAUGUGGAGUGCCUCUACAACUGAAGCCAACGUUCUGGACUCAUCCCAUACCCACACGAUCAGCGCAGGCUAAUCGUGAAAGCAUACCGCAAAAAGGCCCUCCCGUUGUCGAAGCAAAUGGAGCAAGAAAUCCAACAGUUUGUGUGUCAUUGAACAGCCCUGCACUUUUGUAGAUGUCUACUUCCAGUAUUUUUCACUUCCCGCACAAGGUUGGGACUUGCCAUUACCAUACUGUUACAAAAUAUCACUUCUAUAUUUUUUACAAUGGCUCCUUGUGGAAAAACUGGAUGCGUUAUCUGUCCUCACAGAUAAUAUCUGUUCCAAUUUGUUGUUGUGUUCCUUUGUAACUCAAUUAUCUAUAAUAGUGUGUAACGAGCCUUCGAGCUGAAUGUCUUCUGUGUUUUUAAAUUCCAUAGUCUUCUGUCCAAAAAUACUCAACGAAAUGAAACACCAUUGAAGGCCAGUGCUGAACACAAAUUUAGAUGAAGAUGGUAAGGUCCUCUGGAAGAAGGAUCCAAAAUGCUACCUUCAAUUGUAAUCUUUGGUUGGAAAGAGAAAGUGAUGAAUGCUUCCUGAGUUUUGCACUCAACACUUCUCUGGAGAUGUUGCCAAGCAGAAGAUAUCCAUUUUCCUUUCGAGUCAAGGAGUAACAACCAAAAAUCUAAAACGUUACUGCAAUUCCCGAAGGUUGGUCGGGUGGCCAAGGCUAACAUGGGCAUCGAGAGAGGCAGAAAGGUUCUUGAUCAGGAAGGGCGUUAAAGGUUAAAGUUUAAGGGGAGAAGGCAAGAGAAUGGGGAAUUCAUUGCCGCGGAUGGCUGUGGAGGCCAAGACAUUGGGUUCGCUGAGCAGAGAUUGUUAGCUUAUCGGUUAGGAAGGGUGUCAAAAAUCACAGCGAGAAGGUAGGAAAAUGGUGAAGGGAG